AUGUACGAGACGACUGAAACACCUUUAUUGUUCCCCAUCUCCGAGGAUGAUUUCGAUGAACUUCCAACCAUGGCUUUUGAGUCCUCAUUGGUGGCUCCCUGGACCCGAACCUCCAGUGGUUAUCCUAUCGAAAUUCCUAUCAGCCUAGGUGCUACGCUGCUCUGCCUCCGCGACCUUCACGAACUCGAACUAAAAGAGGGUCGCAGUUUCAUUGAUGAUUUUAGCCCCUCAGCGCCUUUUAACCCUCCAAACUUGGCAGAAGAAACAGGAGAACUAGUAAACUGGUUGCUUAACGAAGUGACAACUUAUGCUGACUGCCGCCAGGAGUUGCUUUCAAAGAAUGCCCGGUUGCUCUUCGAGUCAAUUUUGCUUAUUCUCCAACGUUUAAAAGUACCUCUCUUCCCGCUGUCUGAAAAGACCUGCAAUCUACUUCGAAGGCUUUCCCUUCUUGAACCAGUUCAUCCCUACUGCAUGCAUAUUAUUCAUGUCCUAUUCGAAAAAGCUACAGGAUUCUGUGCAGAUUCGGAAUCAUUGCAGCAAAACAUUGCCUCAAAUCUGGAGGACUACUCCACAGAUAUCACCCAGUUCAUUCAAAGAACCUACUGCUGCAAUAAUAUCUCCAGACAAGAUAGACUGCGUCUAACAAAUCUCUUCAACAUGCGUAUUUUUCAAGACCUCUACAUGGUGACGGAGAACAAGACUCGAAAUAUCAUCCGAGUGAUUAUACGCAAUCUAAUCUUUAUAAUUCAACGCUACAUUAUUACAAUGUGCGCUGAUAUGAAGACAAAGCGUCAAGAAACCUGGCUACUCAAUACGAUCAACAUGCGUCCACACAUUUGCGAGUACGCAAUCGUAGCUAUUGCUAGACGCGUCGGUCCUCUCAUGUUUCGUUUUGCAAGGACCAUCUGCAUGCAAAAUGAGUUGGCUGUGAGAGCAAUGAUUAACAUUUUUUGUUCGAACACAGAUAAUAUGUGGUUGCCUGGACAGACGCUUUCGUCUAUUAAGUUCGGCGGAACGAAGCAGCCAAAAAAGCGCGGCGGGGGCGGUGGUUUCGGGGGGGCGACGAAAGUGAAGGCCGACUUCGCUGCCAUCGAGGCAGCCGCUGAAGAGGCGGAACGACAGCAUCAGCAGCAGCGUCAGACAUAUCAACAGGUCGGAGGUCAAAUGAGGACCGGAGCGGAUAAUUCAUUGGAGGCGGAGACCCAACGAUUGUACGUCUGUCCCCAAGGCUGGGUUUUUAUCUGA